GUCGUUUUACUGGAAACUGAACGUAACAAGAACAAUCCUUCAGCAGAUUCAGUCAGAAUCGAUUGAAAGGCGACCGAUCGUUUUGUGUUCUAAAAGGUUUAUUAGUUUUAAAAUCUCACAGAUGGGAAGUAGCAGUUCGAAGAGUAGGAUAAACAGCACGCCACAGCAUCCUUCUACGGCUUCUGGGCUUCAGCAAAAGAAUCAUGACAAAAAGUAUUCACUCAUCGGCGAUAACUACCGUUCCACUGAUGAGGUUACUGCUGCUCUUUCGCAAGCCGGUUUGGAGUCAUCGAAUCUGAUUGUUGGUAUAGAUGUCACAAAGUCCAACGAGUGGACAGGAGAGAGAUCAUUCGACGGGAAGAGCUUACAUCACAUAGGACCAGCUCCAAACCCGUACGAGCAAGCGAUUUCAAUCAUCGGAAAGACUCUAUCCUCUUUUGACGAAGAUAACUUGAUCCCUUGUUAUGGCUUUGGAGAUGCUACGACACAUGAUCAGGAUGUAUUCAGUUUCUUUCCGGAUGAUGCAUUCUGUAACGGGUUUGAACAAGUUCUCUCUCGUUACAGAGAGAUUGUUCCUCAGCUAAGUCUUGCAGGUCCGACUUCUUUUGCACCCAUUAUCGAAAGGGCUAUGACGAUUGUGGAGGAAAGUGGAGGGCAGUACCAUGUUCUUCUCAUCAUUGCUGAUGGUCAGGUGACAACACAGCACGGUGGUCUCAGUUCACAAGAACGUAAGACCAUUGAUGCUAUCGUUAGAGCAAGUCGGUAUCCAUUAUCGAUAGUUUUGGUUGGUGUUGGAGAUGGUCCUUGGGAUACAAUGAGACAGUUUGAUGACAACAUCUCCGCUCGUGCCUUUGACAACUUCCAGUUUGUGAAUUUCACGGAGAUUAUGGGGAAGAACAUUGAUGCUGGAAGAAAAGAAGCAGAGUUUGCAGUUUCAGCCUUGAUGGAGAUCCCUUCCCAGUAUAAGGCCACGCUCGCGCUCGGCUUACUCGGACGGAGAACUGGAAACUGUCCAAACAAGAUUGCUCGUCAACCACCAACUGUGAGCAACAGCUCGAAAAGUUCUGUGUCAAGUAGUGUUGCCUCUGCACCUCCUACGUCAUCUGGUAGUAACGAGAGCCAGGUUUGCCCGAUCUGUCUGGUUAAAACAAAGAACAUGGCAUUCAACUGUGGACACCAGACUUGCGACGAAUGUGGAGAAGCCAUUCAAACCUGUCCUAUUUGCCGCGUCUCUAUUGCAGUCCGUAUCAAACUCUAUUAGUACCAGUUUUCCAUUUACUCACAUUCCCACUGCUAUCGGAUAUUUAGGAUUUGAAUUGAGAAUGCAGUAAUUGGUUUUGUUGCACCUUCCUUGUUAUAAGCUUUACAGUUUUCUUUUAUAAAGAAUAGGUUGUUUUCAUGCC